AUUUGAGAGAAGAUGCACAAGAGUCAAACAAGAUAGAAGAUAUGUAGGACAAAUAGUCUCAAAAGGUGGUGGGAGCUUGGGUGACCCUUAAACGUGGCCUAAGGCAUUACAGAAGACUUGAAGAGCUGACAUCUAUUGAAGGAAGAUGAGCUAGUUAGUGAGCCUACAGAGCAGUGGACAGAAGUGUGGCUCUAGAAGUCGGGGUUCGCUAGAUCACAGAGGAGCACACAUGGGGUAGGAGCUUUUUGGCUUUAACUUGCACCUUAGGACAAGUGGGAGAGAUUGGACUCAGAGAAGACUAGGACUCUGGCAGCGCCGGCCCCUUGGAAAAACAUACAUGGUGCCUUGUGAUCAGGACCCCGUGGAUCUUUAGCUGAAGAAGUUAUCUAGUCCCAUAGGGAGGUGGUGCCGAGUUUUUAAGGCGGCGGCUGCGAAGCACUGCUCCACCUCAGGGGCCCCGAGCCGCCGACCCAGACUGGAGCGCAGAGCGGCCGCCCCGGAAGUGACGUGCUGCUCCGCUGGCGGUGCGGAAGUGGAGAUGGCGGAGCUGUACGUGAAGCCAGGCAACAAGGAGCGCGGCUGGAACGACCCGCCGCAGUUCUCUUACGGGCUGCAGACCCAGACUGGCGGACCCAAGCGCACGCCGCUCACUAAGAGGGUCGCCGCCCCGCAGGAUGGAUCCCCUAGAGUUGCUGCCUCAGAGACUUCUGGGCCUCCUCCAAUGGGGCCUCCACCCCCUUCAAGUAAUGCUCCCAGACUCCUACCUGUGGGGAGCUCUCCUGCCCACAGUGUGGAACCCAUGGGUUUUCCAGCCUUUGAGUCUGAGGCUUUAAUAGAGGAUGUGCUGAGACCUUUGGAGCAAGCAUUGGAGGAUUGCCGUGGUCAUACAAGGAAACAGGUAUGUGAUGACAUCGGCCGACGCCUGGCACUGCUUCAGGAACAGUGGACAGGAGGAAAGUUGUCAACUCCUGUAAAGAAGAGGAUGGCACUACUGGUGCAAGUUCUUUCUCCUCAGAGCUUUCAAGCCAUCAGUGGGAUGCAGCAGAUGACAUCCACCGCUCGCUCAUGGUUGACCACGUGACUGAGGUCAGUCAGUGGAUGGUGGGAGUUAAAAGAUUAAUUGCAGAAAAAAGGAGUAUGUCUUCCAAGAAAGAAACCAAUGAAGAGAAAUCUGAAGCGGCAGUUGAGAACCGGACCAUACCAAGCUUUCAAGAGGCUCUAUAAUCCUGGAGGUUCCCCAGACUCACACCAUCUGCCAGGCCUUGGUGUGGGAGGUCUUCUCUGACUUGGCUCCCUUUUACCACCAGAGAGACUGUCCCAUUGGGCAUCGACUACAAGGAGGUCACUUGUUACCUAUAACAUAUGCAUUUCAAUAAAAAGCAUCUCAAUGGUAGACACUGGGGAGGAAAUAAGAGCCUUUCCUAUGCCAAACUGGUUCCUUCUGAUAUUAACUGUCCCAUACCCUAUGAAUUUCUAUUCUUCCUUCUCCAUUCAUUGUGAAGCUUUGCUGGGCUUGGCCAGAUUGCUGCCUGCAACUUUUCCCAGAAUUAAAACUGAAGAGCACAUUUGUUGCUAUGUGGAA